CCUGUUCUCUCUGCCUCCAGGGGGCGAUACUGGCUGAAAUCAGACCCAGAGUAGAGUUAGGCUCUGGGCGGUAUAAUAUUGAAGAUUAUUUUUUCUUUUCUUUUUUUUGUAACUUGAAAAUGAAACGUGCCACUUUCACUUCUCAUUUGAGGAAGAAAAAAAAUAUGACGAAUCUGGCUUUGCUGUCGCGUGAUUGUUUCUCUUUAUGCCUUUCACGCGACACUCCGUCACGAGCCUAAAAUCAGGUCAGUUUGAGUCGGAGGGUUUUCCACCUGCAUGCUGUUUGUGAGGUUGAUCAUUACACGAAUGUCUACCAGUCCCCAUCGCCAUGUUGUCUGGGAGUCGGAGCGCCUGGUGGCCUACCUUCACCCUCGACCGUGGACCCCUGGCUCGGUAAUAUUGGAGCGCCGCGUGCCUGGAACAAAGGCGGGCAGCAUCUUUCACCUGGAGGAGGCUGAGUAUUUGUCCUGGAUGCUGGGGAGCAGGGCGGUGGCCCAGCUGCUCUGCGACAAACUCCGGGUGCAUCGCUGUGCCCUGGUCACCAGACCCCAUGUUGACAGACCUGCUCAGAUACGUGUCAUCCCGUUGCACGGCCUGGCUGCACAGUGGCAUCCUCACCAGGCAGGCGAGGAGGAUCACCACUCCUACGAUCCGGGCUACUGCACCUCCAAGACGGCGCCUCGCUGGAGCCAGGCUCGUCUGGAUGAGAUACUGGCCAGGAUCCGUGCCAAACUCCCCAACCCGGACGCACCGCCCAACCUGACGUUCCUGGGCGACGACCAGUCCCAUCCUGGUCCUUUCUCUCGCAUCGUGCGGGGCGAGGAGCCGCAGUGGCGAGUGUGGGAAGACGAGGCCCAUGUUUCUUUCCUCACCCCGUUUCCCAACGCGCCCGGCUUCACUGUGCUCGUGCCACGCCGUCCUCUGCCCUCAGCCAUAUUCCGGCUGAGGGAGAGCGACUACGAGGGGCUGGUGCUGGCCGCCCGCAAGGUGUCGCAUCUCCUGGAGAAGGGAUUGGGGGCAUGGGGCGUGGGUCUCAUCUUCGAGGGCUUUGAGAUUAAUUAUGCACACGCAAAGUUGAUUCCGCUGCUUCAGCUGCCGUCUGCCGGGGAUGGAAAUCACAGCGUGCAGCCGGCGCCUCCGCAGUGCGUGUCCUCGUAUCCUGGUUACGUCACCUCGGAAGACGGACCCGAAGCGUCCUUGGAAAGUUUGGAGGAGAUGUAUGCCAAGAUGACCUUAUAGUAGAGCUCUACAAUAAUGAGGUUGUCACAACUUUGUUGGUGACUUAUUGAAAAUAAAAAUGGUUUUAAAAAAAAUAUGAGGGGUAAACAAAGAUUCCGUUGGAGGCGGUAUCAGACAUUGAUGCAGUGUGGCGUCCUCGCAACGCAGCAGCCACACCCCCGACCUCCCACGCACUCCAUCUUGGUGAUAUAGAGGAGCGGCUCCACGCUGCAGCUCAAGUCCAUGAUGGAGUACACGCUAAUUCGGAUCUGGCAGGUGAACUCCAUCAGGGAAUAGUAAGACGCAAAGGGCAUCAGCACGGGAGGCAGGUAGUUGACGACGAUGAUAGCCAGGACAGUGAGCACCAUUUUCAGGGCCCUCUUCUUGGCCGGGUGCAUGACCUCCUUGCCGGCGACGGAGCGCCGCAGCACCCAGAUGACGGAGAUGUUGCACAGCACCAUGACGGCAAACGCAAAGAGUACCACGCAGCUGAAGACGCCGUUGACGCUCCUUGAGCCCAGGAUGCAUUUAGCCAGGGCGUACGGCAUGAUGACGGCCCAAGUGGCCACCGAAAUCCCAGUGCGAAUCUUGUUGUUCUGGUUGCUGGCGAAUAACACGGGGUGGACCACCGCCAUGUGGCGAUCCACACAAACACACACCUAAAAAAGAUAUUGUUCAUUGUAAUACAGAUUCAUUUGUUGCUUGCGAACGUUUCAAAAUCCCCGGCAUGAGGGCCAUAUUUUUUUUAAAUGUUCAUCACAUCAGCUUCACAUGAAUUCAACCAAUCAUCUGGGCAUAAAUCACUGCACCAUAAAUCAGAUUAUAACAAUGAUGCAAAUCAUUUCAAAUAUUCACGUGUCAGGAAACAAUAUGUAAAAAUACCGACUACACGUAAGCACCGGAAUUAUUGACAUGAUGUAACUUGGAAAAAUAAAGCCUAUAGCGACUUAACGAA